AUGCUUGGAGAUGUUAGUACAGCGGUACGUCUUGUGCCAGUGCGUUAUCAGCCGCUUCUCCUUGCUGACUCCCUCUCCUUUGCAGACAGCAACACCUUUGUCGACCUCACGUCUUCGCCUGGUUCGUCCCCUCGUUCUGCUGUGCGCGGCGCUCCUGCCACCGUGUCAACCAUCGAGUUGGCCGAUCCUUCGUUCGACCUUUCCGGCGUGCGGGCCUCGCUGGGUGCGCUGCAGCAGUCCGUUGACCAAGUCGAGGCGCUACGCGAACUCCGCUCGGAUCAUGCGAACCUGCGUCGUGAGUUCCUGGCUACGCGACGUCGAGCAGAGGAUCUGGAUCGUCAGCUUGCAGAUGCGGCCAACGCUGCCUCGCCGUAUGUACUCUUCUGUCAACGCAAGUACGACUUGGUCCGUCACCAGUUGGAAUCCACCCAGACGAAGCUCGCCGAGUGCUUGGAUGCGCUGCAAGAACGCUUCGACAAUUCGCACGAGCUCGAGGCUUGCCGUCUUCGGAAUCGUGACUUGAAGAUCCGCUAUGACGAAGCAGUGUCCGAGUUCCAAGACCGGAUCAGCACGCUGGAGGCACAGCUGGCAGCUGCUUCUUCGUUUGGGGUGAUCGUUCCGCCGGAUACGGCUCGUCGCAUAGCGGACUUGGAGUCCCAGCUCACACAGUCUCAAAUUGAUCUGCAGGUUGCGCGCAAUCGCCAAUCUGCCCUCGCUUCUGAGCUUCGCGAAUCGACCACGUCCCUCAAAGCCGCGCAGGCCGAGGUAACUCGCCUCGCAGCCGUGAUCAAGCACAAGAACGGUCGCCUUCGUACCUUGAACGACAACUACGAGCGUCGCUUGAGAGUGGCUGAUACCACGAUCGCGACCCAUACUGCUGAGCUUAGCCGCUUGCAAGACCGAGUAUCAACGUUGGAUCGGGAUCUCCAGAAGGCGUCUCAGCGUGCUCAGGCGGCAAUCUCUCAACGCGAUCAGGCUAGAGCGGCACACAUCGCUACUCAGGAUCGUGUCUCAGCUGCUCGCGAUACCAUCGCGCGGCUGGAAAAACGGAUCAACAAAGUCGAGAGGUCCCAGAAGUCGCGUCAGGAUCUCGAGUCCGCGCUCGCCAAGCUUCAGCAGGAAAGAGACGACCUAGCAGUUCAGCGAGAUGAGUUGCUCGGCCAACUUGGCGAGCGUUUCAUGGAGAUCACCGAUCUGCGUGCCGAGCGGGACCAGGCGCAGGGAAAGUUGUCCAGCAUUGCGUCCCUUCUCCCAUCCGUAACAAGCCGUAAACGGACACGCUCCGGAUCCGAGUCUCCAACCUCGUCUGCCCGUGCUUCCAAGGCUACUCGACCGACUUCAAGCUCUUCCCAAGCUAGCGCUUCCGGUCACGCUCCCGUAUCUGCAUCCCCGAUCGAACUUCUGUCUACCGCGGCUGUCGGCCAGAGGGCCACCAGGUCGAUGUCAUCUUCUUCCUCCGCCGGUCCUCCUGGUCAUCUCCACCGAUCUGUUCGAUCGGCUGCUAAGAGUGGUGGCGUAGGGGCUUCGUCGCUCCCUGUAGCUUCUAAGGCGAUCGUGCACUCUGACAGUGACGAAAGUUCCUCCGGCGCAUCUGGUUCAACUCACGUCUUCGACUCUGACGUCGCGGGAAACGACAGUGGUUCUCCGGAGUCGGGUCGCGCCAAGAACGAAUUUGGAAUGCCAUCCUGUCCUCUGUCGGACGCUGAGCUGGCGGCUUUGCAGCCUACUACGGUCCCUCGAUCGGAGUGGAUCCCUGGUUAUCGUGAUCGUCGCAGCUUUCGCGGCCACGACAUCGUCCCCUGGUCUGCGCAAGACAUCCGCCAGAUCAGCAUCGUGGAGAUGGACGCGGACCUGCUGUUUCACCACUACACUAAGCCGAUGGAGUGGCUGAUUCCUCUCCGUGAUCCCGUGCCUCCGCUUGGAGAUUGGCGAGAGGAUCUAGUGGACGAGGAUAACGUGCGCGACUUGAUCAAGGCUGCUCCGUGGGAGCUGAGCAUCUCCGGGCCUACUGGGACUCCACCCACGCCUUUCCGGUGA